AUGCCUUGUUACAAUAAUCACAAGCUUUCAACGCGAAUUCGGGGCAAAUCGUGUCCAGCAGGUGUUCGCUUUGCAUUUCGAAACGAUAUCACGAAUUUUGGAACACUACGAAAGUCAAAAUCAACAAAUUUAGGUGUAAAUCUUCAAAAAGAACAUAAUUUUACUCGUUCAAGACGUCAAAGUUUCCCUAAAGCUUUAUCCGACGAGUUAGGAUUAGAUGCCUAUGAUGAAAGUUUUGCGAAGAAAGCGAGCUCUUCGACUUUGCAUUUGCAUUCUGUUCUGACAGGUGGCAUUACACACAAUUUAUCUUGCCGCAAAUUAGCGAACGCGCAUAAGCUAACUCAUUCGCCAUUUGACGUUUGCAAUCAGCAUACGGCUCUAAACAAUCUGUCGCCUGCUCAUCGCUGUUUUGACGUUGAUGAUUCAUUUUCAAAUCAAUUGACAUUGGAUAUUGCUGCGGAUUUUGAUGAAAUUUCGUUUCCUGAAAAUGUUCGUUCGUCGCACGCUGAACUAAAUGAAAAGCGAUGUGAGACAAUUGCUUCAUGUAUAAAACAAAGUGUCCAUUAUCAAACUAAACAUGACAAUGAAAAUAUAUUAUUUGGCUUGUUAACAGCAUCUGAACACACAGAAGAAUCGUUGGCCCGAACUGGAAAGCACUUUGAAAGUUCUUUGUGCUCUGAACAAAAUCAAAACCCGGCUCUUUGUGAAGUAGGUUCAUCGUUUAACGAACUAGAUGAUCAAGACAUAAAGGAUCGCAGUGAAACUUUACUAUUCGGCUUGUUAAAAGCGUCUGAAGCUUCAACGAAAGAAUUGUCAAAUGUAGAUGAGACGGAAAAAUAUUUACAUAAUUCGUUUCUUAAUUCUUUGGACAAUUUAACGUUUAAGGAAGAAACGUUUGAAGCGAAGGAAGGCAUCGACUCCUUAACCACGGCUGCAGACCAAGAAAACAUACAGAAUGCAUUAUCAAAUUUAAAUGUCCAACAUUUGGAUAACUCGUUUUUAAGCAGAUUCUUACAAGAAGUAAACCGUUUGGAAGUUAUUGAUUCCGAAGAUAACCAGUCGAUCCGUAGUAUUCCUGUACUUGAUUUAACGGCGUUUACAGAUAGUGACGUAGCGCGGCUAGAAUCUCACAUUCAAGGAACAGAGUUUUUAGUUGAAAACCUGGCAACUCAGGUCGAGGACGCUAAAAACGAAAUUGAAAUGUCUAAACAGAAACAAGAGAACGAGAUUAAUGAUCUUAUAUCCUUGAAUGAAGAAAUGCAGACCAUUUGGUCGGCAAAGGAAGCUGAAGUUCGCGAAAUUUUGGAUAGGUUUUCGACCUAUCGCGAUGCUGUCGAGGCUGACUCGAAGGAAAAAGAUGAAGUAUACUCUGAGGAGAUUAACAAACGCGAAAUGCUUAUCAAGGAUCUCCAGCUAACGAAAGAUGCCCUUCAAGAAGAACUCGCAAGGCAGACUGGAGCAUUAAGGGGGGUUCUCGAUGAUGUUCAAAAUUUUGAGGCGAGCCAGGUUCAGCAACUCGGAGAUGUUAAUCAACUUGUAGCUUGUCUUUUGGAAAAGUUUUCUGAUGAAGAAGCCAGCCUGGUUUGUCAGAGUAUCAGCGUGAAACUUGAGACUUCCAUUGCUACUAUAAAAGAAAAAGAUUAUGCAAGGUGCGGUAAUAAUCGUGGUUUAAGCAUUUUAUCACUCAUUGUUAAACAUUAGAGUUAUCCAGUAUAAAUAAAGUUAGUUUAGUUUAGGUUUCUCCCUGUGGUAACACUGGAUCAAUAAGAUGAUCCUUACUGGACCUCUAGGGAGAACAGUUUAGAACUGAUAGAGCUAUCCAGUAUAAAUAAAGUUAGUUUACUUUAAGUUUCCUCCUGUAGUAGUAAGACUGGAUCAAUAAGAGAUGAUCCUUACUGGAACUUUAAAAAAAGCAAUUUAUAACUGAUUGAGCUAUCCAGUAUAUGAAGUUAGUUUAGUUUGGUAUGUUAACAUAGUUUUCUGAUGAUUCACAUAUAGGUAUAUCAGUUGUUUGAAAAUUAGUGGAACAGAAGCGCAUUCGGAGGAAUUUAAAAGAAAGUACAGAGACAGGAAAUUGGGUAAAAGUUUCUCAUCUUCUGUGGACGAAGGCACAGGGUACUCCAUCCUUUCCUCAUCUGAUGGAGAAAGAAAUGAAUAUAUGUUUACUGACAAUGCAGUCAAUGGAUCAGCUUUGAACAGCGAGCUUGUUAGUCAAUUUUCUUCAGAAGAUUUUAGAAGUUGUACUCCCAUUGCUGCAGGAAAUGACGAAUUUUACGAGGUGAGUGGCAAGUAAAUAAUAUUUGUGUAGAUAACAGUUCGUUUUGAGGAAGAUGAAGUAAGGCCUAUGCACCAAAACCAAUUUUGUGAAAGAAUUGUAUAUUCUAAUAUAUUUUUAUUCACGAGAUACAUUGCUUCAUACAAGGUUCAAAAAAUUGGAACUAUAUUAUAUACACUGUCACUCAUAACUUUUAAUUAUACCGUAUUGUUAUGUAAACUUAACGACAGUUCAAAAGUAAUAUCUUUUUUAUGUCAGUAUACAAGUCUUGUUUAAAUUACCAUUUACAGGUGAUAUUCCCAUUAAGAUAUUUCGUGCGCUGUUAUUUGCACUAAAAUGUCAAGACCUGUUACAGAAAAUGUUAUAGGACCUGUUGCAAAUGGACAGCAACUAAUUUCUUAAGUGUAUUAUUGUAAAAAAAAGCGUGAAUAAUUUAUUAAUAUUAUUCAUGAGAAAAUAACUUUUAUUAAGCUGUUGUGGUUUGUGGUUUGAAAAAAGAUUGAAAACAUUUCAAACCAGGGUCAUUCAUCAUAAGAAUGUUGAAAGGAUUUUGUAGAAAGAAAAUACGAAUGUAAAUUUUGUACAUUUAUUCGACCUGGCCAGGAGCAGUCGCGAAAAAUUCAACUAUAGGUCCUCUGGCAGGAAUUAAACCUGCGGCCCUGCGACUCCGGUGCAGUGCUCUAACCAACUGAGCUACAGAGAGACAGUUGUCGAGCUCUAACCAACUGAGCUACAGAGAGACAGUUGUCGAGCUCUAACCAACUGAGCUACAGAGAGACAGUUGUCGAGCUCUAACCAACUGAGCUACAGAGAGACAGCUGUCGAGCUCUAACCAACUGAACUACAGAGAGACAGCUGUCAAGCUCUAACCAACUGAGCUACAGAGAGACAGUUGUCAAGCUCUAACCAACUGAGCUACAGAGAGACAGUUGUCGAGCUCUAACCAACUGAGCUACAGAGAGACAGUUGUCGAGCUCUAACCAACUGAGCUACAGAGAGACAGUUGUUGAGCUCUAACCAACUAAGCUACAGAGAGACAGUUGUCGAGCUCUAACCAACUGAGCUACAGAGAGACAGUUGUCGAGCUCUAACCAACUGAGCUACAGAGGCCAGUUGUCAAGCUCUAACCACAAAUUUAUUUUCCAUCUACAAAUCAUGAUACUCAUUCAUCAAGGUCGAUUUGGACUACACAACGUUUGCCUAAAACUGUCGCAUGCAACCUGCUUACAACUUGAGUUGUACUGUGUCACACAACUCGCCUGCGACAACGUAUGUGAGUUGUAUGUUGAUUCACACAGUACAACUCAAGUUGUAAGCAGGUUGCAAGCGACAGUUUUAGGCAAAAGUUGUUGUGUCUAAAUCAACCUUAAGCGUACCUACAUUGGACCCAAGUCCAGGUUUAAAUGAUAAAAAACAAAAUUUUUCUUAGACUUUGGAAGAGGACUUUGAAAGACUACUGGAAGAAGUGGAUGAAAUUGGCAACGAAGGAUUGGUAGAAGGGUACAUAACUAAAAAGGCAGUGGUGAAACUACUCGAAGAUCAAUGGUCCAAGUACCAGUUCCUCUGUAAGGAGAAAGACGCCGAGGUACAACAUUGGAUAAGGAAACAUAAACAAGAUGCCCAAAAUUUCCAAAGUAUUUUAGAAGAACAAGAAAGAGUAGAGGUGCGUUGUCCUCAUGUACUGGAAAUUUGUUUCAAAAUCCUUACUGUGGUUAUUAUUAGCAUGACAAAAUUACUGGAUGCUGAUUGGUUGAGAGGAGUACAAUUAUUUCAUUAAUUGUACUGCAGUACAAUUAAUGAUAUUCCCACAACAAACAAAAUGGCAGAAAAGUAUUUUAAACACAAGCGUGAAAUGAAAUUGCCUUUGGGGGACUAGAUGAAAAUACGAACGAAAGCACCAAAUUUUGCUUUAACAAAAGAACUAAAUGAAAAUACGGACAAAAGCACCAAAGUUUGGUUGAAAAUCUGGCGGGACUGGGCUUUGGCGAGAGAAUAUAUGAUGUUGACAUUGAGAAGUAUCCAAUUUUGUCAUGCUAAUAAUAAACAAGUAAUGGCGGCUCGUCCAAUUUUGGCAAAAUUUCCAAACAUCACUCGUACUAUUAAUCCCUAAUUGUACUCGCCAUCGCAUGAUUACCUAUACAAAUAGUAUGGAACUUAGUUGGAAAUAGUAUGGAGAUCCAAUUUUCAUAGAAAUUAUAAUUUCCAUACUAUGUAUAUAGUCAUGGAAAUAGUAUGGAUACACUAUGGAUUUAGUGGUGCAAUCACAAAUUCAUAGAAUGGACACAGAUUAAGAACUUAAGUCAUCCUUAAUCUGUGGUAUGGAUUUCAUUAUUUUUUCCAGUGAUCAUUUCUGUCAGGCUCGUUCGCAUCCUUCCUUUAUGGGCCUUUGAAUAUUUUCUUUAAUAUUAUAAUUCUGAUCUUAAUAGCAAAAUAACAAAGAAUAAUCUGUAUCUUUAGGCAAAAAGCAGCGAAUCCUUAGCCGAACUCCAGAGCGAGAUGGACAAACUGCGGCAAAGGAAUAGAUUUCUUGAAUCUGAAGUUGAAUUCGCGAAGGAACAGGGCGAAGACGAUGUUUGUUUCUUGAAAGAAAGUUUUCAAAAAGAUCUGAGCGCUCAGCUAAGACGCCAGAGCCAAUCAUUUUUGACUGUAGAGGAAGACACGAGGUAUGUGCUGAGACCAGUUUGGCUGGGUUUCACUAAGAUGGGUUUUGUGUCUAUGAUAUAUUCGAAUACAUACAUACAUAUAUUAUCCAGCUCACUCCCCAAUGGGACUUUUCAGUGACCCAUUACAUCGAUUAUUACGCUUACUUAUAUUACCUACUUAGCCUACACGCGUAAAAACGCUCAGGUUGAUGCAAUACUGAUGAAAACAGGAUUGAACAAUGUUUUGCUGCCCACAUUGUUCACAGUUGUCAACAAUAUUGAACAAUAUUGUUACACCCGAUUCAGGCUCAACAAUAUUGUUCAACAUUGUUGACAAGUGUGAACAACGUGGGCAGCAAAACAUUGUUCAAUCCUGUUGAGCAGCGGGCUCGGCGUUUUUUUGCCGUGUAGACUAAUUAUCUUUACAACAAUUGUGAUAUUACUUUCCUAACUGUGUUUAUCCUAACCCACCCUGUCAACUUUCCCUGUGGGAGGAAACCUGAGCACCCAGAGAAAACCCACACCUUUCGGCAGAGCGUUGACUGACUCUUUACACAUGAGUCCGUAGCGAGAAUCAAACCCACGAUCUCAGAGGCGAAACCUACGAAACCUACGUCUGACGCAACUAUAAGCCUUCUGGCAGGAAUCGAAUCUGCAUUUUUCAGUUGUAUCCCUAUUAAUCCGAAGCUUUCUUGUUGAUUUCCUUGCAUUCAUCUAGAAAUCAUUAUUAUUGUUGCUACUAGGGGCCAGCUUGCCGAAUUGGAAUCGAAGAACGAAGAGCUUGAAAAAGGCAACGAGGAUUUGAGACGAGAAAUUGAGGAGCACUGUACUGAAAUCAAAUCAUGGGUCUCUGAUAUCUUGCGUGUAUCUGAUGAAGACUAUAAUGAUGAAUGUCAUUCUAUUACUGAUGUUCUUGAAAAACUUCACCAGAUUAUUAUUAAGAAUAAACGCACUAUGGAUGAACUUCAAGAGGAGUUGAAAGAGUAUAGAAUGAAGGUUCACGAGCCUAGUACCCCUGAUACCCUGAGUAGAAGCUGGGGCGGACAUUCCUUGAAUAGUAUGGAACUACAGAAGGAACUCUGUCGUAAUUGCAAGCAAGCGAAAUGGCAACGUGUUUUGAUGGGAAGCUUUGAUCUGGUCGACUCAGCUUUAGUAGUUAAACAGGACGAGGUUGAGAGAUUUGUUGAUAAGCUAAGCGUAGAUGACUCCAAGUACCGAAAGAGGCGUUCGUUGAAGGACAGUUUAGAGCUAGCAGAUGAUCAGUUGGAGCAUCUACAGCGGCUUAGUCGGCAAGAGUUUGGUUCUUUAGAAACUUUGGGUGAGGAUAGCUUGGAGGAGAGUGAUGGAAGGAAUUCUGCUGAAAAUGAUGUUGUAGAUGGCCAGAGUGAUUCUAAACUUGGAGAUGAUACUUGCCAAAGUAACGCUGAAUAUGAAGACGAGGUGUCAAAUGGCCAAAGUAAUGCUGACUUUGAGGGUGGUCAAAGUAAUGCUCAGUUUGGAGAUGAGAUGUCAAAUGGCCUUACUAGUGUUGAAUUUAAAGAUGCGAUAUUGCAUGCUCGAGACGAGAACAAUUCUACAGAUAGUACAGACAAGAAUUCUACAAGCAAUGGAGCUAGGGAUACUACAGAAAACUCUGAUGAAUGUUGGAAAAAUAUUCAUGUCAGUCCAAGACUAUCGACGCAAUAUUCUAUACAGACUGACCCUGAAUUUACUGGUUUACAUAAAGAGUUGAACCGUGAAAAUGAUGAAUCAGGAGAAAAAGAAAAUAUAAGAAAUGGUCCGGUGAGAGCAAAUGACGAAGAUCGCGAAUUAGAAAUGAUUUGUGAGGAUGUGGAUGACGAGCAAUGGUUGAUAGAUGAGGAUAGCAAGGAACAUGAAGAGGAUCAAGAUAGGGUAAAUGUGGUGAAUCUUUAUCGAUCCCUUGUUGAUAGCCCACUGCCUAAGGAUGUUGUCGAUGGAAGGAAGGGUGAUGGAUUUGAUGGUGAAUCUGGUGAACAAAAUGGUGAAUGUGGUGAUCAAACUGGUGGUAAAGCUGGAGAAUUUAAUCACGAUGACAAUCAGUCGAUAGUUCCCGCUAAUGUUCCUUUUCCGAUACCAAAAAUAAUCGUAGGAAAAGAUUUUAAUGACAAUUUUCUUGAAACACAAGAACAAGAGAGUAGCAAUGUCGAAGAGAAUUACUUCAAUGAAAUAUCUGAAAUACCGAAUGGGGAAUUUGAUGGUGAAUCCAGUGAUCAAAAUGGCGAAUACACUGAUCAAAUUGGUAAAUCUGAUGACGAACCUGGCUGCUGUAACUUGAAUUUUUCCAUUCCAAAGGACGAAGGAAUCCUAAUAGAUGGGUUUGAAUUUAAAGAGAAUCUCCAACCUGUAUUAAAAGAUGAAAUUAUUAUAAAAAAUAUUGUUAAACCUCAAAGUAAGAUCUCAAAAUCCUGGUCAAUUAGCACGGAACCGAAAAAUUCUACAUUCCAAUUUGUGGAGAACUCUGGUGAUGGAACAGUUCCCUCUACAACUUGCGAGCAUUGUAGCGAGAAUCUUGAAAAUUUUAAAACGAAAUUAAUGGAGGUAAUCUCCAACCAACGCAAAGACGAAGAAAAUAAAAUUUGCAGAGAACUGGAAGAGACUAAAUCGGAGUUACGAGAAUUUCAAAGCGAAUACGAGAAAUUGGAUAAGCUUUGCGACGAUUAUCGGAAUUAUGUUGAUGAAUAUUCUGGGAAUUUAAAACGUAAAAACGAAGAGUUAAGCAAGCUUAAACUUGGUACCGGAAUUAUGAGAACUGAAAUCGAGUGGUUGAGACAGGCGCUUGGAAUUACUGGAAGUUACGUAGAAUUUUAGAAUUGUAUCUACAGUAUAUGUUAAAACAUUUAUUAACAGUGUAUAGGAUUGCACAUAAUUAUUUAUCAAACUAUUCAUUAUUCAUGAGCACGACAUAAUGAAAACUAACACCGUAUCAUUAUAUUAUACCACCGUAAUAAACG